AUGGUUUCCCCCUUUUGCUGGGGCUGCCUUACGCCACUUCGCCAGACGUCUCGCACCAUCUUACCGUCACCGAGCGCGGCGGUGUCCCGAGGACCAGCAUUCCACACGUCGGCCGCUCUCCAAUUUAUGGGUCGUGCAUCCCAAGGAGGGAAAAAAGGCUCGACAGUCUUGAAGUUCCGCCAGCCAGCAAGUUCCACGAUGAAAAAGAAGAAGAAGUUCGUGGAGAAAGCACGCCCCCCGCCCGUCGGCGAGCGCAAAGCGCUCCGCAAACGCAUUGUCCUUAGCAACCCGAAUGCUCUUGAAGUUGAGGGCUUGCAGGAACUCUCGGAGGAGACAAUGGUAGACUCGCGCCUCCGCGGGACGGUGCUGGCUCUCCCUGUGCCGAUGUUAGAUCAGUUGAGAGCUGUGCAGGCGUUCAAGCCCAAGCAGGGCUGGUCGAUCUUCCGUCGGCCAUGCACGGUUUUGAGACGCGAAACUUUGGAGCUAGGUAGAUUCUUCGACGGUGUUACCGGUGACACUGAAGGUGGGGGAGCUGUUAUCAAGAAGAUUGUCGGCGGGGCAAGGAAAUCAGGGAAGAGUGUUCAUCUGCUUCAGGCUAUGGCCAUGGGUUUUAUCAAGAACACAAGAAUUAGUAUCUGCUACCAGCAGUUACGCACCGCUGUCCGAGGAGAAUCCAAAUUUGUACGUUCAGAACGAGGCCACGGCCGCUCUGCUGUCCCGCACCGUCGCUGCGAACAAGGAGGUUCUUUCCGGGCUCCGUGUCUCUCACAACCACCCUACUGUUCCGGCCGCUAA